AUGUCUACCACCAAGGAUUUCCAGGUCACCAUCAUUGGCGGCGGGGUGUGCGGAUUGGCGUGCGCUAUCGCGCUCCAGAAAGCAGGGCUUUCCGUCGACCUGUUUGAAGCAGCGGGUGCUUUCGGCGAAAUCGGUGCAGGCAUUGGACUGGGGUCUAAUGCUAUCCACGCCCUGAAAGCCAUGGGUCUAUUCGAUGCCGUACUCGCCAAAAUUAACCCUGCGAGUUUUCGGCUAGGAGUUUUCUGUUCUAUUCAGGCACUGGAGCCCAUGAACUCAUCUACGAAGUACGCACAUCCGACUAUUUUCGUGCAACGGUGUUCUAACCCCUCAUAUCACUAUGCCGUCUUCCUCGACGCGCUCGUCGGACUCAUCGACCCCAAGUCCGUGCACUUCAAGAAGCGCUGCACCUCCGUCGCCCCAUCGGCCACCGACCCUGACCGGGUCAUCGUCACCUUCGCCGACGGUACCUCGCACGAGACCGACCUCGUUCUCGGUGCCGACGGCGUCCGGAGCAAAGUGCGCGACUUCGUCGUCGGCGCGAGCGAACCGCAGCGGGUCGUGUUCAGCAACGCCGUCGCGUACCGCGGCCUCGUCCCCCACGCCGUCCUCAAACAAGCCGGGUUCAAGACGACGCUGACGGACCGCCCGGCGUGCUUCAUCGGCCCGGACCGGCACAUGAUCGUUACCCCCCUCAAGAACGGAGAGCUCGUCAACGUCGCAGCGGUCACCGCGCGGUACGACGUCCCGAUGGAGGCGUGGGCGCCGGACACGCCGUGGACCGCAGACGUCCCGCGUGCGGAGGUGCAGGAGGCGUACGCGGCCUGGGGCUCCGACGCGCUCACGCUGCUCGCCUGCCUGCCGGAGAAGGUGCUCAAGUUCUCGAUGCACGUCGUCCACCCGCCGCUGGAGUCGUACGCCCGUGCGCGCGUUGCGAUUCUCGGAGACGCAGCGCACGGGAUGUUGCCCCAUCUCGGGGCCGGGGCUGGACAAGGAAUCGAGGACGCGCUGCUUCUUUUCCGACUCCUUACCCACGCGCAGACCAAGAAAGAGAACCUUCCGGCCGUCCUCACAGCCUACUCCCACGUGCGACGGCCGCGCUCACAGGACGUGUGGGAAGGCAGCAAGCGCGCGGGAAUGAUCUACCACCUCCGCGGACCGAGCGGGGCGACGCACGAAGGGAUCCGCAAGGACAUCGUGAGCGGAAUGUGGCAGACGGUAUGGAACUACGACAUCGACAGCGACAUCGUCCGUGCUGUCGAGCACCUGCAGGCAAGCGGCACCUUCGCCGCUUGA